CCCGGACCCGGAAGGGGCGGCGGCGGCCGGGCAAUAGCUGAGAAGUAGCUCACCAUCCACGUGCUGCUUGGGCUUCUGUCUCGGUCCGCAGCUCCGCGCCCGGACCAUGGCUACGGCCUGCAGCCCGCUCCCAGACCGGCCUCUCAGGACGUACUUCGGACGCCCCCAGGGCCAGACGAGGCGGCAAGCAGAGGCUACCAAAAGAAAGCACCAAGUGUCCAGUGAUGCUCCACCAACAAAACGGAGGAACGAAGAAAUAUCCUCUCUUUCAGCCAAGAAAACCAGUGAUAAAGAAACUCCAAGAACAUUUAAGGGGAGUGCACACAAAUUGUUUCCUCCAAAGAAGUACUUGGACUGUACAGGCAAUGGAAGGCAAGAGAAGCCAUGCAUCAAGACUUCAUCGCUGUUUAAAAACAAUCCUGAGAUCCCAGAACUCCACAGAGCUGUAGUAAAGCAGGCUCGAGAGCAAGUGUUCUCUCCAGAAGCUUUCCAGGAGCUGAACCUCCACCCACACCUAAUUUCUACAAUAAAUACAGUCUUAAAAAUGUCAAGUAUGACCAGUGUCCAGAAGCAGAGUAUCCCAGUGCUGCUGGAAGGCAGAGAUGCCCUUGUGCGGUCCCAGACGGGCUCAGGUAAAACUCUUGCCUAUUGCAUCCCUGUGGUCCAAUCUCUUCAAGCACUGACAUCAAAAAUACAGCGCAGUGAUGGCCCCUAUGCUUUGGUCCUAGUGCCUACCAGAGAGCUGGCUCUGCAAAGCUUCGACACUGUCCAGAAGCUGCUCAGGCCUUUCACCUGGAUUGUCCCUGGAGUGUUGAUGGGCGGAGAGAAGAGGAAAUCGGAAAAAGCUAGACUCCGCAAAGGCAUAAAUAUCCUUAUCUCAACUCCUGGGCGCCUGGUGGAUCAUAUAAAAUCCACAAAGAACAUUCACUUUAGCCGAAUACGGUGGCUGGUUGUGGAUGAAGCAGACAGGAUCUUGGAUUUGGGUUUUGAGAAGGACAUCACAGUGAUUCUGAAUGCUGUAAAUGCUGAGUGUCAGAAACGGCAGAAUGUCUUGUUGUCAGCGACACUCACAGAAGGGGUAACACGGCUAGCUGAUAUCAGUUUGCACAAUCCAGUCAGUAUCUCUGUCCUGGACAAAAUUUGGGACCAGCCCAACCCUAAGGAAGAUAUUAGUACCCAGCUGGACAGCUUUGCCAUACCAGAGAGUCUUGACCAGCAUGUGGUGUUGGUUCCCAGUAAGCUGCGCCUUGUCUGCCUUGCAGCCUUCAUCCUGCAGAAAUGCAAGUUUGAGAAGGAUCAGAAGAUGAUUGUCUUUUUCUCAAGUUGUGAGCUGGUGGAGUUCCACUACAGCCUCUUCCUUCACACCCUGUCUUGCCGCUCAGGGGCCCCCACUUCAGAGCAGCUACCAUCUGCUUCCUGGCCACUGAAAUUCCUUCGGCUGCACGGCAACAUGGAGCAGGAGGAAAGAACUUCCGUAUUUCACGAGUUCUCACAUUCCAGAACGGGAAUCCUGCUCUGCACGGAUGUUGCAGCUCGAGGCUUAGAUCUUCCACAAGUCACCUGGAUUGUUCAGUACAGUGCUCCGUCUUCACCUGCAGAAUACAUUCACCGGAUUGGAAGAACUGCCCGGAUUGGCUGUCAUGGGAGCAGCUUGCUCAUUUUGGCUCCUUCGGAGGCAGAAUAUGUCAACUCGUUGGCUUCUCACAAAAUCAAUGUUUCUGAGAUUAAGAUGGAAGAUAUUUUGGCUGUCCUGAGAAAGGAUGAUUGUUUUAAAAGGAGACAGAGAGGGGCCCAGAAAUCCCAUGCCAGUGGCCCCCAGGAAAUCCGAGAACGAGCCACAGUACUGCAGACAAUAUUUGAAGAUUUCGUGCACUCCAGUGAGGGGAUGGUCUCCUGGGCAAAGAAAGCUCUGCAGUCUUUCAUCCGAGCCUAUGCGACCUACCCCAGGGAGCUGAAGCCCAUCUUCCAUGUUAGAUCCCUGCACCUUGGGCAUGUGGCUAAGAGCUUCGGGCUAAGAGAUGCUCCUAGAAACCUCAAUGUCUCCACUGUGAAGAAGAAGGCAAGCUUGAAAAGGCCUGACCCUCGGAGGAAGAGCCAGAAAAAGCACCGUCUUGUGCUCGCUGAAGUCCUGCACUCAGAAUACUCGAGUGGACUGGAGGCCGGUGGCACGAAGGGUGGAAAGCAAGGCAAACAGCGGGGCUUUCAGGUGGCACCCUGCAAGCCUGGGCCGUGGAGAGAAUGAAGCUGCUCCUGCAUGCAGAAGACUCAUCACCAGUCAGCAAACUUCUUUUAGUUGUUUUUCAUCUCCCCACAGGACCAGGUCAGGGUAGAUUGACAGACUCCGUGGCUUUAGAUUGAUGUCCUGUUCUUAUCAGUGAUGCUUCCUGUACCUUUUCCUGAACACAGACCUUCCCCUGUUGGAGGAGGAGCCCUGAUGGAAACCAGCAGGCACAGGGACCAGUACUAGAGAGUCACCUGCCUUUGCUCAGUCAUCUUGCGAGACUGCACAAGGACAGCGAAGCAUCAUGUGUAUCAGCCUGGAAGAGUAUGGCUCCUGGCGAGCUUGUCAGAUGAAGCUGCCACAAGUGUAUUGCAUGAGUGUUGUAAAGAUGGAAUGUUAAAAACUGGAAUUGAACUUGUUCAGAAGGAUAAAGUAUUUGUUGAAUAGCUAUUUUCUUAGUGUCCACAUGCUCUGUCAGGAAGAGCCGAGAGAACUUUUUGCUUUGGAUCAAAAACCCAAAUGUGUUGGCAGCAGCACCGCUUUCUUCCGUCAACACGAUAUAGCCCCAUGUGCAUUGCCUCCCUUUCCUGUCCACAGAAGACUCGCUGUCUCUGGGCUAAUUGACUUACUGUUGCCUUUUUAUUAUUUGCCUUUGAAGUCAAAAGACACCAGCACCCGAGCUUGCCUUUUUUCCCACCGGAGCCUGUCUUCUCUUCAGGGUCUGAGGUCUUUGUGUUGUGACCUAGACUCAGAACCCCCACAUGCCAUUGUGUUUCUGGAAGCUUUGAAAGGACCCCUGGAGUGUAUUGAUUUCCCAAUAAAUGUAAGAUUUGGACAUUACAGAGGACUCA